AGCCUUGUUGACUGUUGCAUAAAGAAUGUGCAGAAAAAUAUCGGUGCACAUUUCGAAAAUGUAUAGAUGUGAUUCCGUGCAAAGUUACUACAUUCUCACACAUUGGAGAUUGUACAUUGAGCGCAUCGAAAGGCAUGUUUUUGCGUGGCGGUCACGUGUUCAGCAGGAGGACAGGAGGAGCGUCGUUCUACGCUCGCUGACCACGGUGCAGCUUCUCCCAGAGGCGCUAAGGAAACCCAAUCUAAAUUAUUAAACGGACUUCAUAUCGCCAAUGGAUGAAUCAGAGCAUAAUUGUUCCCAUGCGGUCAUCUUGACCUGAGGGUGACCGUGGUCCUAUAGUGACCAAUCAGAGCGCAGAGUGGAUCAUAACAGUAACAUAACCGUCCGAAGCUCCACUGUAGUAAAACCGCUCCUCUCUGCUCUUCUGAAUAUUGCCUUAGUCCACCGCCUUCUCUGCCACCAGCACUUCUUAAAGGGGGUCGGAGCCAUGGGAUGUGGCGGCAGCAGGAUGGACGUGCUGGAGCCCCACUACCUUGAGAGCUGGACCAAGGACACCGAGUCCACCUGGCUGGCCAGCACCGACACAGACAUCCCCCUGUCCUCCAUCCAGAGCCUGGCCUCGGAGAGCUCCUUCGACACGGGCUUCACCUCCGAGAAGACCAGCACUCCCGGGCCGGACAUCUUUGAAGACGGCCUACCCCACCCCGCCCAGGCCUACGUGAAGGUGUGCUCCUCUCUGUCGGAGGCCAGUCUGGAGGACGAGGAGACGGAGGCGACCACCCCGCCCCCCAAGCACCCCUCCCCAGACCAGGGGCCAAGAGGACCCCCCGCUGGGACCACGGUUCAGCGCAGGAGCGUGCUUCACACCGAGGAGAUAACCAAAUGGCAGAACAACAAGAUGUCCACCAAGCAGGUGACCAUCACGGUGACCCAGAGCGUCCGGCAGGUGGACCAGCGGGGCAAGGUCCAGGAGAAGUCGCUCACCACCUACGAGGUGCUGAAGCCGCUGGACCCCACGCUGGGCCGAGGGGAGAGGACCCCGGCCCGGCCCAACGCCCCGCGCCAGCACGCCACGUCGGAGGAGAAGCCGUGGGAGCCAAAGUCGACCGUGCGAUGAGGCGGGAUCGGGAAGAAACCGUUUGACCGUUUUUUUUUAACCGUUACCGAGGUGUAACGGAGGAACUUGGGUCGGGGUACCGGGGAUUUGCCGUCGUGUGUUUACAGUGCGUGUUUACUGACUGGACCACCGGUGUGUUGAAGACAAGCAGAGGGGGCUGCAGUCGCUAUGGUGGUUAGGACAUAGCUUUGCCGUUUUUGACUGCGUUGUUACCGAGAAACAGUACUUGAGUAUUUAAGGCCGAUUUAGGGUCGUUUUAGACGCAGAGACGUAAGCACGUAAUUUACACAAGGGACUUGUUUUAGACAAGUUUUGAUUUACGGUUCCUUUAAGGUUCCUUAAGGAUUGCGCGUGUUGCAAGGGGAUUCUCCGCCAGAACAGUAGGGGGGGCAACGAACGAAUCUGUGGGCGUGGAAGUAGAAAUCGUGAGACUCCUGAAAGGAUGUGGUUAGCUGGCCAAUCACAGUCUUUGCGAGCUGCGUAGGGCCGUAGUGUUUUAGUCGCAUAGUCAGGAAUUUUGGGCGACGCACUUAAGCACGUAAGGGGGGAUAUUUUACCACGCAAGGGGGGGUUAUGUAUCUUACGUGCUUACGCGUUACGUCUAAAACAGAGCAUAUAUCGGCCUUUAGAGUGUACUUUUACUGAAAGGAACGAACCAAUGAGAGAGGAGGGCAGAGAUUUCCUCUUGUUAAGAAGAAAAGGUUUUCUACACUGUAUUAGUAUUAACUGUCUGCCUUUUGCUGUGCUGCUCCUACUGAGAUGUUUUGGGCUAUUUAUAUACAUGGGAUUAUAUGACUCGAAGAAGGUAGAGCAGAAAAUGUGAAUGUAUCACUCCUCGCUUUGACAUUAGCCUUGAGAAUGACAAUCGUGGUACAGAUAAUACGCUGAAAUCAUCAUUAUAAAUUAAUUUGUAUUUUAUUCACAUUUGAUUAAUACAUUGUUUUAAUAGUUACCAGCAGCAUACGUUACAACGUCUCAGGAAGGUGAUGUAUCGAACACUACUACUGCACUCGGUCUGUGAAGAUGAUGAAUUCUAAAAUGUCUGUGCACCGUUUGUUUUGUGUAUUUAUAUCUUUCCAUGUGAAAGUACAAUUGUCUGUUUAAA